AUGCGUGCUGCAGGUCUGGUGCAGGCUUCUGUUCAAAACAUUUUUGCAGAAGAUACAGACCAAACCGAGUCCACUGUGUCUGAUCUCAUUCUCCAGGCAGCAGAGAAUGACACAGAUAUUUCAGUUAAUAAUAGUACCAGUGACCUUUGCCAAGGGGACCCCUGUGGCAUUGCUUCCUGCGUGGAACUAAACAACAAACAUUUCUGCAAAUGCCCGGAGGGAUAUUAUUAUACCUCUCUAAACUGCACAAAAGGAAAGACAUUCCUCAGAGAGAUUACAGUAACAGUAAAUGACACAUCUGGCUUGGAUGAUGAACAUUCUUUGAAUUACCAAGAGUUACAUGAUAAAAUCAAUACAUUUUUUACAGAUGCACUGAAGGAUACUGAUUAUAAACAGACUGUGAUUGCUCAAGUAAGCAUUCUCAGUGGGUCAGCAAGAUCCCUAAUGCGUGCUGCAGGUCUGGUGCGGGCUUCUGUUCAAAACAUUUUUGCAGAAGAUACAAAGCAAACCGAGUCCACUGUGUCUGUUCUCAUUCUCCGGGCAGCAGAGAAUAACCCAGAUAUUUCAGUUAAUAUUAGGAUGGAUCCAUGUGAAUCUUCUGGUUGUAAAUAUGAUGGUAAUAACUGCACUGAUAUUUUACUAUGUGAAUGCAAAACUGGGCUGCAAAGACCUAACCCAUUUUCUACUUGUAAUGGUCUACAUUGUCCUGACAACUGCAUUGCUGAGAACAAAAAGCAAUGUACAAGGGACAGCAAUGGAGCCUCCGUGUGUGAGUGCCUGCCAGGCUACAAGAAUGACAAAGGGUUCUGUGAAAAGUGUCCAUUUGGCUACAAUGGAAAGGACUGUGAAGACCAAUUUCAGCUGAUCCUCACUAUUGUGGGUACCAUUGCUGCCUUCCUCAUCCUUGCCUUGGUGAUUGCCCUCAUUGUCUCUGUAAGAUCAAAGAACAAAGGCAAAAACAUAGAAGAACAGCACUUGAUUGACAACGACUUUCAGAACCUGCGCCUGCAGCAGACCGGCUUCAGCAAUGCUGGAGCAGAAGGGAACAUAUUCCCCCAAGUCAGAACCUCGGCCUCCAGAAACACUCCUGAACAGAACCCAUACAUCAGCCAGAAGAGUAUCCCGCGCCCCGACUACUAGAAUGGAAAAAAAAAUGUGGACGCCUCCAUCUCUCUAGCCAUAUACACCAUGAGUUUGAGAUGCAGAUCGGUGAGCAGCAUGAAGCUCUGGCCUCUGGUAUUUCCUUCUGGCCAGCACCGUGGGUCCCUCUAAAUGCUGACAAGGAUCACAGCUUGUUAAAGAAGUACCUGUGAAAUUAAAUAUGCAUAUGUGCUACCAGCACUUGUAACAUAAUUGAUUUUCUCCAAUCUGUACCCAGCACUAAGACAGCAGUUGGGUUUUGUUCUUUUCUUGAUCGCGA